AUGUCUACUCAGACUCCUACGUCUACCAGACUUCAACGUCUACAUGACUCAACGUCUACAAGACACAACGUCUACUCAGACUUCAACGUCUAUCAGACUUUAAUGUCUACUCUACAAGACUCAACGUCUACCAGACUUCAACGUCUACUCUACAAGACUCAACGUCUACCGGACUUCAAUGUCUGUCUAUCAGACUUUAAUGUCUACUCAGACUCCUACGUCUACCAGACUUCAACGUCUACAUGA